AUGGCGCAGCCUGCUGUGCUGGUGACCGGGGCCAGCGGUUAUCUGGGCCAGUUCGUCGUGGAAUGGUAUGCCGGCAAGGGGUGGAAGGUCGGCUGCACCUACCGCACCGGAGAGGCGCCCAAAUUCGGCAGCGGCGUGCAAGUCUUUAGGGUGGACCUGGGGUCAGGAGAGGGCCUGCACGAGGGCUGUGAUGCGCUGGGCCCGCUAGCAGCGGUCAUCAACUGCGCGGCGCAGGCGGCGCCCGCGGCGUGCGAGGGCGAGGGCGAGGCGGCGGCCAGGGCGGUCAACGUGCCCCAGCCAGUGCUGGUACACAUCAGCACAGACCAUGUGUACGACGGCGGCAGCUCUUUCUACAGGGAGGACGCGGAGCUGCGGCCGGUCAACACAUACGGCCGGACCAAGGCGGACGGCGAGGCUGAGGUGGCGCUGAGGUGGCGCCGCCACGUCAUCCUGCGCCCAUCCAUCAUCUUCGGCCCGCCCCCGCCCAACCCCAUCCGCCGGGGGCAGUUCCUGCAGUUUGUGGACAGCUGCCUGGCGGCGCAGAAGCCCUCUACUUUCUUCACAGACGAGUGGCGCACCCCCACCUACGUCAAAGACCUGGUGGCCGCCUGCGCCGCCGCGGUGGACGCGUGCGACGCGCUGCCGGCGGCGCCGCCGCACGCCCGCGUGUUCAACGUCGGCGGCCCCGCCCGCAUCAACCGGCUCGACAUGGCGCUGGCUGUGGCGGAGGUGCGCGGCCACGACCCUGCCCUGGCCCUGCCCGGCUCCGCCGCCGCCGUGGCCCGCACCUGCGCCACCCCCGCCGACAUUUCCAUGGACACAUCAGCGGUGGAGGCGGUACUGGGGGUGCGCAUGACGCCCUUCACCGAAGCGCUGCGCCAGAUCUUCGGGGGCGGCGGCGGCGGCUGCCAGCCGGCGCACGCGGCUGCGGGCUGA